UGAGGAUUACGAAUAUGAAAAGGUCCUACUGGGGGUUUCUAAACUUGCCCUUUACAUCACACCAGAAACCACCAAAGGUUCCUUUUGUCUUUAAAAAUAACUGUUUAAUUACCAUGGCUCCUCCUGCUUACGCCUCUAUCGACAAGUUCUGCAACGAUUUAUUGAAUCGUGAUUUUCCCAUUGGAGCUACUCUUUUGAGUGUUCGUACCACCGCUCCUAAUGGUGUUGUUUUCAACGUCUCCGGUAAUCAAGAUGCCAAGGGUAUCAUCGCCGGCAAAUUGGAAACCAACUUCUCCGACAAGGCUAAUGGUUUGACCAUGUCUCAAGGUUGGACAACUGCCAACGUUUUGGAGUCCAAGAUUGGCCUUACCAAUCAAUUUGCUCAAGGUCUUCAUGCCAAUGUUAACACCACUUUCAGCCCUGCUACUGCUGAUAAGACUGCCAUUCUCAAUUUGGAGCAUGAACAUCCUUUGAUCCACAGCCAUGCCUCUGUUAAUGCUUUGGAACGUAAGUUCCUUGGUGACUUCACCGUUGGCCACGAGGGUUUCCUUGCUGGUGCUGAAUUCGGCUAUGAUGUCCAAAAGGGAAGUGUCUCUAAGUAUGCCGCUACUAUUGGUUACCAGGCUACCCCCUUCUCUUUAGCUUUGCAAGCUUCCAACAACCUUAGUGCUUUCCGCGCUAGCUACUAUCACCGCGUUAGCUCUCAAGCCGAGGCUGGUGGUAAUGUUACCUGGGAUGCUUCUUCCACUGCCAACGCCAUCACCUUAGAGCUCGCUUCCAAGUACCAAUUGGAUAAGGAUACCUUUGUCAAGAGCAAGAUUAACAACGCUGGUAUUGCUACCAUGUCUUACUUCCAGACCAUUCGUCCUGGCGUUACUGUUGGUCUUGGUCUUCAACUCGAUACCCAACGUUUAGGACAACCUGCUCACAAGGCUGGUCUUUCUCUUGCUUUCAAUGCUUAAGUUCAACGUUCAUGACAAUUUCUCUGCUAUGCUAGUCGUCAUCUGAAACCUUAACGUUCCUUUAUCACACUAAAAAUAAUUUGUUUGCAACGCAAUUUGAAGAAUGGUUUCACUGAACGAUUGAAUUCUCUUCUAUCUCUACUCCCUUCUCUAAUAACUAGUAGGUUACUUUGUAUGAAUUUCCAAAUCUUCCAGAACA